CCGGCGCCGCGCUGCUCACCUCGGUGCUAGCACUGACGUGUCUCUCGGCGGAGCGGCUGCGCUCCGGAGCAGGCUGGGCCACGGGCAGCGUCGCCUCACUCGGAGCGGAGCGGAGCCGGAGCGGCACCGGGAGCCCGAGCAGCCGCCGUCAUGGCGAUCAAAUUUCUGGAAGUCAUCAAGCCCUUCUGUGUCAUCCUGCCGGAAAUUCAGAAGCCGGAGAGGAAGAUUCAGUUUAAGGAGAAAGUGCUGUGGACUGCUAUCACCCUCUUUAUCUUCUUAGUAUGCUGUCAGAUCCCCCUGUUUGGUAUCAUGUCUUCUGACUCAGCUGACCCCUUCUACUGGAUACGAGUGAUUCUGGCAUCCAACAGAGGCACAUUGAUGGAGCUGGGUAUCUCUCCAAUUGUCACCUCUGGCCUCAUCAUGCAGCUCUUGGCUGGCGCCAAAAUUAUUGAAGUUGGUGACACCCCAAAAGACCGAGCCCUCUUCAAUGGAGCCCAAAAAUUGUUCGGCAUGAUCAUCACCAUUGGCCAGUCUAUCGUGUAUGUGAUGACCGGAAUGUAUGGGGACCCUUCCGAAAUGGGUGCUGGAAUCUGCCUGUUAAUCACUAUACAGCUCUUUGUCGCUGGCCUAAUUGUCCUACUUUUGGAUGAACUUCUGCAAAAAGGAUACGGCCUGGGCUCUGGUAUCUCCCUCUUCAUUGCCACAAACAUUUGUGAGACCAUCGUGUGGAAGGCGUUCAGCCCCACCACUGUCAAUACUGGCCGAGGAAUGGAAUUUGAAGGUGCCAUCAUCGCCCUGUUCCAUCUGCUGGCCACACGCACCGACAAGGUCCGUGCCCUCCGGGAGGCCUUCUACCGCCAGAACCUGCCCAACCUCAUGAAUCUGAUCGCCACCAUCUUUGUCUUCGCAGUGGUCAUCUACUUCCAGGGCUUCCGAGUGGACCUGCCUAUCAAGUCAGCCCGCUACCGAGGCCAGUACAACACCUACCCCAUCAAGCUCUUCUACACCUCCAACAUCCCCAUCAUCCUGCAGUCAGCCCUGGUGUCCAACCUGUACGUCAUCUCCCAGAUGCUGUCCGCCCGCUUCAGUGGCAACCUGCUGGUCAGCCUGCUGGGCACCUGGUCUGAUACUUCCUCCGGGGGUCCAGCCCGUGCGUAUCCCGUUGGUGGCCUCUGCUAUUACCUGUCCCCUCCAGAGUCUUUCAGCUCCGUGCUGGAAGACCCCGUGCACGCGGUCGUGUACAUAGUGUUCAUGCUGGGCUCCUGCGCCUUCUUCUCCAAAACGUGGAUUGAGGUCUCAGGCUCCUCGGCCAAAGACGUUGCAAAGCAGCUGAAGGAGCAGCAGAUGGUGAUGAGGGGCCACCGAGAGACUUCCAUGGUGCAUGAACUCAAUCGGUACAUCCCCACCGCCGCGGCCUUCGGUGGACUGUGCAUCGGGGCCCUCUCCGUCCUGGCUGACUUCCUGGGCGCCAUCGGGUCGGGAACCGGGAUCCUGCUCGCCGUCACCAUCAUCUACCAGUACUUCGAAAUCUUCGUCAAGGAGCAGAGCGAGGUCGGCAGCAUGGGGGCCCUUCUGUUCUGAGCCAUGUCGCCCCAGGACCAGGCUGUGGAAUUGCUGAGGAAGGGGGAACGAGACACCUCACUGUGGGCGCGCUCAGCCAGGGCGUGCCGCUUUGGCAUGUGGACUUUUGUUUCAUAAUGUUUUUGAAUUUCAUAUUCCUUCAUUCCACUUUGUAAAGUAGAAAUUUUCCAAUUUGAGAAUUUGCUUUUUAUUCUGGCAUUGGCAAAAGAACUGUAGCGAGGUUUGAUUCGGCUGACUGCCAGACGUGGGGAUGGCAGACUACCCCCGAGCGUCCACGUAACUUCGGUUUUAACCUUUGCACCUUCUCAGAGCGGCGGGCGGCCACAGUGGCCUCAGCGGUUCGCCCACGAAGGGACAGUCUUGUUGGUUAGAAGCACAAACGUUUUUGCAAUGUCUCCGUAUGGCUGUGGUGGGUGGUGAGGCUGGGAGCAGAUCGUGUGACUUGGUGGACGAGGGGCGCACAUGAGUGCCCUUCAUAUCGGGGUUUGGAACAUUUGGCUUAAAAUUGUUUCUCUGGAAGACAGUUGUUUUCUCUUCUGAAAGUAGUGUUUUGGGCAGAGCUUCUUCCAAACGGGGGGUCGUUUCCCAGAGACACUCCUGGCCACCUGUGGACUUCUCUGCGUGUGGGCGGUUCCUGUCACCUGUUCAGUCAGGCUUGAGGCUCAGAAGAAGCGUUGGCGGCUCUGCCCUCUGUCUUCCGUCGGCGAGCGUCCUCCGAAGCAGGGAGGUCGGGAGUUGUCAGCUCUACAAAGUGGGGCCUGGGCGGCUCAGGCAGGCAGAGAGGACGUGAGGGGUACCGUCUGCUUGCCUCUCCCCGUGGUUGGCCCUGACGGGCGGGGCCCGUGGAAGACGCCGCCGUUCCCAGGCCACCGACACCUGCGGGGUGAAGGCUUCCACGUGUCUUUUGAGAACUUUUUUACUGUACUUAGGACCAAAUGCGAGUAAGUAAGUGACAAGAUGCCACUGAUCUCUCAACUUCCAGCAGAAGAGGGGCACACAGGCCUGAGAACUGUGGUGAAAUCAGGGCUAGAGAACAUGAUUUUUGGUAAGUUGCUCCAGUGUUUGAUAUAAAAAGACUUCGCAGUCAUGACUGAAAUAAGUUGUUUGGAAUUACAGGUGAUUAGCUCUUAGGACUUGAAACCUCCAAGGCCUUCAGUGAGGCCCCUCUCAGGGGAGAGCACCUGGCAGAGCAGGGCGAGGGCAGUCUGCAGGGUUCUCACUAGGGGCGGGGGGAUGUGCAGCCGCAGGAGAGGUUCCCCGUCAGCAGCAGCCACAGCGUGGCCUUGAUACACCCAGCCAUGGUCACAUCUGUAGACGUGCCAGGCCCAGGCGCCUCUCUGGGUCAGGAGGGCGCUCCCAGGAGACCUCACUGGCAGCGCAAUCAGGAAGCAGACCAGCCGAGGGGCACGAAGCGCCUCGCCUAGCGCUACCCGGCCAGUCAGCAGCAGAGCCAGGCUGGGCCUGGCAGUCUGGGCAGCAGCCCGGGGACACCACCACAUCACACGUGGCCUUGUCAGACCCAGUCCUGCACAGGCCCUGAGCCGCCCCCACCACGCCACCUGCCCAGCCGCCCUGUGGCUGGGAUGUCUCAGCCUAGACGGCAGGGCAGCCGCCCCAGGCUCCUGGUCCCCCUGGGCAUCUGUGCCCUUAGGGGGCCCUGUGCAGCUUGGGCUCUGUGAUCAGCGGUCACCGUGGUGGGGGCUGACCUCGGCUUCCAGGGGACUGUCACUGUGGACGCCAAAAUGGCAUAACUGAGAUAAGGUGAAUAAGUGACAAAUAAAGCCAACUUUUUACAAC